CAUCAAAAGUAAACACAUCACCGCAAGUUGGUAUUAUCCAUAUAACAGAAUCCGGUAACACUAACGUAUUUGCCAAAAAUGCGCAUAAAUAUCGAAGUUGAUUUAAUAAUAUAGAGAAACCUAGUUAAACACGCUAUCGAAAAUGUCUGUGCUGCGAUUCCUGGUGACGCGCCAGGCCUUGGCUGCCCUAACGAGACCAAGAACCUUCAAUAUCCUCCAAAACCCAGCACAAAUCGCCUGCGCCUCCACUUUGUGCAACCGAAAUAGCAAUCAUAAUGCCCAGGAUCUGACCAAAUCGAGUGCCAAUUUAAGUGUGAUGCAAGUUAGGGGCCACAAACGCUUUGGCCAUCAGGAGGAGAAGACGCCCAAUGUGACAAAGUACUUCCACCUGUUCAUCCUUAGUUUGUUCAUCAUUUCGGUACUGGACUGGGGCAAAGUGAAGCGCCUGUUGUUGCCAAAGGUGGACGCGGAUGCUGGACAACGUCCAUCAUCGGAGGCUGGCGUUAAUGGCGAGGAUAAGACAUCCGAAUCGGACGAUAGCGAGGAUGAGGAUUCGGAAUCCGAUCUGCACCUGCACGAGGGCAAGAAGAUCCGCGAGAAAGUUGGUUUCCGCGAGAGGAAGAUAAUUGAGUAUGAGAACCGUAUCCGGCAGUUCUCCACGCCGGACAAAGUGUUUCGCUACUUUGCCACCAUACAGGUGCCGGUGGCGGAUGACCGUCAUGAAGUCUACAUGACUCCGACCGACUUUUUAACAAGCAUGACGCCCGGCAUGAAGCAACCAGAUGGCUUGGGUCUGGACCAAUAUCGUCGAUAUGAUCCUAAGUCUGUUGGCGAGCAGCUCAAUUUGCACCUGGAGAAGAACAGCAUUUUUUACAAACUGGGCUCAUACGGACUGAUCACAUUCUCAGACUACAUCUUCUUGCUCACAGUUCUCUCAAUUUCACGGCGCCACUUUGAGAUUGCAUUCCGCAUGUUUGAUUUGAAUGGGGAUGGUGACGUGGACUGCGAGGAAUUCGAAAUGGUGGCCACCUUGGUGAGGCAGCAAACCAGCAUGGGAACCCGACACCGAGAUCACGCCAACACAGGAAACACCUUUAAGGGUGUGAACUCGGCUUUAAUCACAUAUUUCUUUGGCCCCAAUAUGGAUGAAAAGCUGACGAUUGAGAAGUUCCUGGAUUUCCAGGAGCAACUGCAAAGGGAGAUCUUGUCACUCGAAUUUGAAAGAAAAGAACCCAACGAUGAGGGGAAUAUAACAGAAGCGGAUUUCGCAGAACUCCUACUGGCCUAUGCUGGAUAUCCGUUAAAAAAGAAGCAAAAGAAGUUAAAGAGGGUUAAGAGGAGAUUUAGGGACCAUGGCAAAGGAAUCUCCAAACAGGACUAUCUAGAUUUCUUCCAUUUCCUAAACAACAUUAACGACGUGGACACUGCCCUGACUUUCUACCACAUCGCCGGUGCCUCGAUUGAUCAACAAACUUUGCAGCACGUGGCCAAAACGGUAGCCAUGGUCAAUCUUUCGGAUCAUGUGGUGGAUGUGGUCUUCACCAUCUUUGAUGAGAAUAAUGACAACCAACUCAGCAACAAGGAGUUUAUUUCGGUGAUGAAGAAUCGCGUGCAGCGUGGAUUGGAGAAACCCAAAGAUACAGGAUUCCUAAAGAUGAUGCGAUCGGUGUUCAAGUGCGCCAAGGAAACCAAGCCUGUGCUGCUGGACAUCUAAAGAUCGCCACUCCGUGGAUUCUCCCGCUUCAAGCGCCCCAAUCUUAGUCAUUUUUUCCUACGCUUACGCUUCUGUUUACUAUUUAUUUUGGUAGUUAACAUUUACACAAAUCGAUUUUAGCUCAAUCUUUGUAAUUGCUCGACACCCAGGCAGGUUUUAUGAAAUUAUGACUUGCUUUUGUAUAUUUCACCGACUCUUGUGCACUUAACUCGUUUAUUUUUUAAUAAAAAAAUAUAUAUCAUAAUAUUUAUAAA